AUGCCUAGAAAAACAAAAGCUCGUUCUCGAUUAGAUAAAUAUUACAACCUUGCUAAGGAUCAAGGAUAUAGAUCAAGAGCAGCGUUUAAAUUGUUCUAAUUAAAUCGAAAAUACAAUUUUCUCAACAAUGCAAGAACAGUAGUAGAUUUAUGUGCUGCUCCUGGAGGUUGGAUGCAAGUCUGUGCUCAAAUAAUGCCUACAAGUUCAACCAUUAUUGGUUUGGAUUUAGUUCACAUUAAACCAAUUCCAGGAUGUAAAGCAUUCACCUAAGACAUUACAACACCAUAAUGUGUAUAAUUACUUAAAAAGGAAAUACCAUAAAAAGCAGAUGUUAUCUUACAUGAUGGUGCUCCUAAUGUUGGAGCUAGUUGGGCUAAGGAUGCUUAUAAUUAAAAUGAUCUUGUCUUGUCUUCCUUAAGAUUGGCAUCAUAAUUUUUAAAGAAGGGUGGAGUAUUUGUGACAAAAGUAUUUAGAUCAACAGAUUAUAAUUCAUUAAUGUGGGUUUUUAACAAAUUUUUUACAAAGGUAGAGGCCACUAAACCUUUAGCAAGUAGAUUUGUGUCAGCUGAAAUUUUCGUGGUUUGUUUAGAUUAUUUAGCACCAGAAUAUAUAGAUGAAAAAUUAUUUGAUUCUAAACAUGUAUUCAAAGAUACUGAAACAGAUAUGUUAUAGUAAUAGAUUUAGAAAGAAAUUGUCUCUGUUGAUAAAAUUCUUUAAAAAAGAACUUAGAGACAUAGAAGUGGAUAUGCUGAUGAUGUUCAUUAAACUGUUUAUUAAAUGAUAGAUUUUGAAGAGUUUCUUCAUGCUGAUAAUCCAUAUCCAAUAUUUAUUGAAUAUGCUGGAAUCAAAAUGACUGAGGAAGCUAAAGAAAAAUAUUUGAGUCUUACUAAACCCCCAUAAGAUUAUCAAAUAUUGAUGGAAGAUAUCAAAGUAUUGGGAAAGAGAGAAAUUAUAUAAUUAUUAAAAUGGAGAAGUAAAAUCAAGCAUUUUUUAUCAAAAUAAAAGAGAGAAUAAAAAUAACUAUAAUAAUAGGAGGAACCAUAAAGUGCUGAAUAUGAAGAUCUUGAUGAAGCUGAAGGAGAUAAAGAAGUAAAUGAAGAAGAAGAAGAAGUAGAGGAAUAAGAUGAUCUUGAAAAAUUGGUAGAUAAAUAAAAAGAAGCUUUGGAAUAAUAAUAUAUUGAAGAACAAAAGAAAGAAUUAAAAGAAUAAAGAAAAUAAAAAUAAAAAUAAGCUUAAUAAGAAAAGAAAUUAGCUGGAAGAGGAAUAGGAUUCACUCCUUAAGAAGAAGAUUAAGAAUUAUUUUAAUUUUCUAAACAUAAGAAUUUACUGAAAUUAGGUUAUGUAGAUGUAGAAGAUAAAUAAGAAGAGAAAUUAAAGAAAGAGAAAUUGGCAUUUAAUAAUUAAAAAUAAUUAGAUCAAAAUUUAGAAUUAAUUUAUGAAAAUAAAAAAUAAAAAAAAGAAAAUGCUUUAGAAAGAAUUAGAAAUAAAAAGUAAGCCUUAGAAUCUGAAUAAGAAGAAGUUGAUGAUGAGGAUCUUGCUUGUAAACCAAUUAAAAAAGUUAAGAAAUAAGAUGAUCAUUUAAAGAUUUCAGAUUUAAA